AUGAUUGACACGUAUUACAGUUUUCAGAAUGGGUUGACACUCUUGAAACAAUUAUCAUAUCCAUCUUCAAGGUAUCCAAUUGCACCUGAUUGUGAAAUUCCCAAUUCUGUUAUUCGUGGAUUUUGGAAAGAAGAAAAAUAUGAAAAACAAGAAGAAGAUUAUGAGCCUGAAUACUAUAUAGGGUUUAUUUCUAGUAAGGAAUUACUUAUAUCAAAGGAAACAAAGGAAAAAACUGUGUCUAAAGAAGCUGAAUCUGUGUCUACAACAGAAACAACAGAAAGUAAGAAACCUUUUCAAAAGCGGGGUAAAAAGGGCAAACAGUCUUCAAAACAUUUAUUUAGUGAAGUAUGGUUUCCAAAGGAUUGUGAACUUGAAGUCAGUGCCAUAAUUGAUCAACUUAUUGAGAUGUUAGACACACCAGACUCAGCUAUCCACAAUAAAGUCUGUAAUUAUUUAAUUGAAUUUUAUCGUAUGAAGAAAAUUCCACAACCAAAAGUUUCAUUUAUUGGUCAGAAGGGAAUUUCCCAGCUCACACAUGAAACUGAUGCCCAGAUCAUAAGCAACUGUCUUCAACUAUUAGCAGGUCUGCAUCUGAAAACAGAUAUGAAUGUUUCUUUGAUCAAAUCAUUUCUCAACUCUGACAAUCCUGAGUUAAAAAAAACUGCAAAGGAAGCCCUGAGGACAUUAGGAAUAAAACAAGAAACUAGUCAAAUAAAAUUGAAAGAGUUACAGUUAGCAAAAGAAGAAGUGUUAGAGGAUACACCUUCCAAAACCAAAGUGCAAACCUCAAAAGAACUUUCUCAAAGCUCCAAAAAGCAAAGUUCAAAAGAUAUGGCAAGUGAUAUGAAGAAACAUCCUUCAAAGGAAUCAAAAUCUCGAACGAAAAUCCAAGUUACCAAAGUAAGUACAACUAUUUUUCUUAUCUAUCUAUCUAUCUAUCUAUCUAUCUAUCUAUCUAUCUAUCUAUCUAUCUAUAUAUUGGUCUUAAUCAUACUCUUGGAACCACCCUCUAAAAUCAAGAAGCAUUCUUUGAAAGAAGGUAAACCUGUAAAGGAGAAAGUGAUUUCAGAAGAACCAGAUUCAAAAACUGAAGGGCAAGCUGAAAUAAAACCAGAUUCAAAAACUGAAGAGCAAGGUGAAAUAGAUGAUGAUGGAGCUGAAGAUCAGUUUGCAAAGGAACCAGGUUCAAAAACUGAAGAGCAAGCUGAAAUAGAGCCAGAUUCAAAAACUGAAGAGCAAGCUGAAAUAGAUGAUGAUGGAGCUGAAGAUCAGUUUGCAAAGGAACCAUUUUCAAAAACUAAAGACAAAGCUGAAGUAGAACCUGAUUCAAAAAAUCUUCAGGGUAAAAAGGAUCUGCAAGCGGAUUCUCAACUUAAAGGCGUUGAAGAGGAAAUUGCUAAAAAGGAUUUUGUUGAAGAGCAAAAGAUCUCUCAGCUUCCAACAGAAGAAAUAGAAGAAGUUUUAUUUGAUGCUGAUAAAAUUAUACAAUCAGAAGAUGAUAAAGAAAGAUUAAAAGAACAUGAAUUAGCUGAAAGCCUGGCUGACGAAGAUGAAGAAGAUGAGGAAACGGAUUUGGAUACUGAAUCCAUUUUAAAUGAACAGUUAAAGUCAAAGUAUGUUUCUGAAGAUAACCUUACUGAACUUAAGCUUAAAGAAGCAAAGUUGAAGGCAAACAAAGAUAAGGCAAGAAAAGGUCUUAAGGCAAGCAAAAAACUUAAGGCAAACCAAAAUCUUCAAAGAACCCCUAAAGGGAGUAAUAAAAACCUGCUCGAAGUUUCUGCCAGAGAAAAAGAAGAUGUAGAAGAAGAAGAGGAAGAGGAGGAGGAGGAAAUCGAAGAAGAAGAAAAGAGUUUGGGUGCACGAAAGAAAAAGCCCUACUCACACAAAACGGAUAUUUCGGAAAUAUCUAACACAACCAAAACACAGACGCUCGACAAAGAAAAGAAGAGAUUUGAAUUAGAAAAACAGCAGCGAGAAAAGGUUGCCAAGUUAACUGACAUGAAAAAAAAUCCUUUCCUUCUAAAAGAUUCUUUGAAAAGUUCAGUUGGAAGGAAACCUGUAAAGAGACCAUCUCAUUAUUUUAUUGGGAGGGACAUGGCUACCACCCGGCAACAAAUACCUACAGUUGACAAAGUGCGAGCAUCCUUAUUACCUCUUUCAAAAAGUACCAGAAAGUUUGGCAGUCUUGCCAAACAAUUAAAUGCAAUAGACAAACUGCCAAAGAAGUCAACAAUGACAUUACAACACACAAAAUCACUGUUAGACAAGGAAAAUACUAUUCCUAAUACGCAAUUUCAAGCCCUGUUACUAGCAAAGAUGGAACACAUGCAAGCAGUUUCUUUGCCGGAAGAGGCAACUGCUGUUACUGCAAUCCCUCCAGCUGAUACUCUGCUUCCAGCUGUUGCUGAUGCCAUCCCUACAGCUGCUGUAGUUCCCCCAACUCCUGCUACUCUUCCACCUGUUGCUCCUGUAACUGCAAUACCUCCAGUUACUGCUGCUGCUACUUAUAUUCCUCCAGCUACUACUGCUGCUACUACCAUUACUACUCUUCCAUGGGCUGCUGCUGAUACCACUCAACUUCCAUGGGCUGCUGCUGAUACCACUCAACUUCCAAGAGUUGCUGCUGAUACCGCUCAACUUCCAAGAUUUGCUGCUGAUACCACUCAACCUCCAUGGGCUGCUGCUGAUACCACUCAACUUCCAAGUGUUGCUGCUGAUACCACUCCUCUUUCAAGAGGUGCUUCUGCUACCACCUCUCUUCCAAGUGCUGCUUCUGCUACUACUGCUGCUAUGUCUCAUCCAAGAGCUGGUGCUGCUACCACUUCUCAUCCAAGAGCUGGUGCUGCUACCACUUCUCAUCCAAGAGCUGGUGCUGCUACCACUUCUCAUCCAAGAGCUGGUGCUGCUACCACUUCUCAUCCAAGAGCUGCUGCUGCUGCUGCUGCUGCUGCUCCCACUUCUCUUCCAAGAGCUGGUGUUGCUGCUCCCACUUCUCUUCCAAGAGCUGGUGUUGCUGCUCCCACUUCUCUUCCAAGAGCUGGUGAUGCUGCUCCCACUUCUCUUCCAAGAGCUGGUGAUGCUGCUCCCACUUCUCUUCCAAGAGCUGGUGUUGCUGCUACCACUCCUCUUCCAAGAGUUCCCUCUGCUGCUCUCACUUCUCGUCCAAGAGCUGCUAGUGUUGCUACCACUACUCUUUCAAGAUCUUCCACUGCUACUACACUUCUUCCAAGAAAUGCUGCUUCUACUGCUACACUUCUUCCAAGAGCUGAUGCUACUGAUAUUACACUUCUUCCAAGAACUGCUGCUGCUGCAGCUGCUGCUGCUGCAGCUGCUACUAGUUUUCUUCCAAAAGAUGAUGCUACUGCUACUACUCUUAUUCAAAGUACUACUACUACUCUCCCUCCAGCUUCUGCUGCUCUUCUUACUGGAAAUGUACCCACUGGUAUUCCUCCAACUGAUACUGCAUUUCUUACUGGAGCUCCUGCUAUUCCUCCAGCUGCUGCUGCUGCUCUUCUUCCUGGAGCUGCUGCUAAUGCUUUUUUCCUUGGGGAUGCUGCUCCUGAUAAUGUAUCCUUCACAAAAUAUCAGGAUAUAUAUUCAGGAUCAGAUCAGAAAGUGGAUUCUCAAGCAAAAGAAUAUCCUGGUAAAAAGAGUGAAGUACCAUUUGAAAAUCAAACCUCUUCCUGGAUAAAUGCUGCCUUGUAUGGAGAUUUUAAAAACCAAGUACCUGCAGAAGACAGACGACAGAAAUUUUCAAAAAGUCGUUUGAGCAAGAAAAGAACCUACAAAAAGCAUGAAAUUGCAGAUGGAGAAUAUAAAACAGAUUCACGCAAAGAAUGGGCUGAGAAAUAUCCAUGGUCAAGUAUUCAGAAGGUCUUUGUUGAUGCAUAUGAAAACAGGGUGGCUGACCUGGAAUGCCUAGAACAAGAACAGAGAUGGUUAGAUGUUGAUUGGAGCAGAAAUAGAGAUCAGAAAAUUAAAGACAUACAAUAUAAAGACAAGGAUAUUAGGUUGAGCAAGAGAUGGAAACAUAAACCUGUAUGGUCAGAUAUUCACAAAGCCUUUGUUGAUCCAAUUAAGAAUGAUUUGGCUGACAUGAUUGGUGCAGAACAAGACCAUCGAUGGUCAGAAAGUGAUGAUUGGAGCAAGAAGAGAGCCUACAGAGUAAAACCCAUUAAAGAGAGAGAUGAAGAAACAAAUUUAAUCAAGACAUGGGUCCAUGAUCUUCCGUGGUCAAAUAUUCAAAAGACCUUUUCUAGUACAAUUGAUCACAAAUUGGCUGAAGCAAAACAACAAAGAUGGUCAGGAAAUGCUGAAAUGCUCAAGAAAAGUGACUUCAGAGGAGAAAGGUCAAGUAGAGAAAGAGAUUUCAAGCAAAGAUCAGCAGCAAAUCUGCCAUGGAAAGGUUUUCUUCCAAUUUAUGUGGAUACAGGUUACUCCAUAUUGACUGACAUGAAAAACACAGAGAUGGAACAGAGAUGGUCAGAAAGUGCUGGUCCAAGAGCUUACCAGAAAUCUCUUGCAAACAUUACCUCAUCCGAUUUGUUAUGGAGCAACAAAGCAUUUUACUCAGUUGAUGAACUCUCUCCUUGGAUGAGAUAUCAUCUCCAAUACAGACCAGAAAGAGAAGAAAAAGAAUAUAUUCCUAGUUUGGAAGUAAAAAAUAUCUCACAGACUCCUCCAGAAUGGUUCCCUAAAUACAGGAGAAUGAUGUUUUCUCCAGAUUUCUAUCAACAGAGAGAGAAAUGGCUCAGUGACUAUAGAAGACCUACAAGUAUCAUCUAUUAA